AUGUGGAAGAAACGUGUAUUGAUAUGUUGUCUCGCGAUUUUCCUGAAGUUUACGCGUUGUUACGCCGAGAAGUAUUCUCUUCUCAUGCCGAACGUGAAGCCGAACACGCCCGAACUGUACUUAUGUACUCCGAUCAAGAUAGACUAUACAAAAAAUUACUAUAUAACUGGUUUCGAGCCAAAUGCAACGAUGGGAACGACUCAUCACAUGCUUAUCUACGGUUGCACAAGACCAGGUAGUUCAAUGUCAAUUUGGAAUUGCGGAGAAAUGGCACAGCCCACGAGUAGGCACAACACUGCGCCUCCUUGUAGUCAAGGAUCUCAGGUUAUUUACGCAUGGGCGAGGGAUGCUCCAAGGUUGGAUCUACCAGAAGGAGUAGGCUUCAAAGUAGGUGGUGACUCUCCCAUAAAGUACUUAGUGCUGCAGGUGCACUAUGCACAUAUUGAUCACUUCAAGGACGGCAGUACAGAUGACUCAGGUGUGUUUCUGCAUUACACGACGCACCCGCUGAACAAGCUGGCUGGUGUCAUCCUGUUAGGGACAGGUGGUGUCAUUCCACCUAGAAAAACGGUACAUAUGGAGUCGUCGUGCCUGAUAACAGAGAACAAAACUAUUUAUCCGUUUGCAUAUAGAACGCACACUCACUCGUUGGGUAAAGUAGUAUCGGGCUACGUGGUGAAGCCGAACGACGAAUGGAUCGAACUCGGUAAGAGGGAUCCUCUGACGCCUCAGAUGUUUUACCCGGUAACUAACAGAGUUCCGGUCACGUACGGCGACAUAUUGGCGGCUCGUUGCACGAUGGAAAGUACGCGUGAUAGGUUCACCGUCGUGGGCGAAACGAAUCAAGACGAGAUGUGUAACAUGUACAUUAUGUAUUACGUCGAGAAUGACACUCCGCUCGAGCGGAAAUAUUGCUUCACCACAGGGCCGCCUACUUACUAUUGGAAGGGCAAGCUAAAUAAUAUUCCCGAUGAAGAGGCGUCCAGUCUAUAACGUAUCAAACUACGGUCGGUCCGGUGCAACAAUGAAUCAAUUUUGCAAGAUUACGACGAAUUGAGCGAGAUCUAAUCUGAACAGUUUUAUAGACUGUAAAUGCAUUUUCAUUUAAUAAGAUAGAAUCCAUACGUAAAUAUUAAGCCGUCCUAAUAAUUUAAAUUCUAAUAUGUCGGUCGUUUCUCGCUUCCGAUGCAAUUCAUAUAUGAAUUUGCUCCCGAUUCAUCUUGACGCGGGAUUUCAUUUACAGCAGUUCCAUACUCAGGAAAUAUGGAUUUUUGGUUCAGUAAGACCGUUUUAAUCGACGCACGGAUCGUCUCAAGUUCAUUUAUAAAUUAUGCUCGUGAACACAGCUGAGGAUUUUGCGAAUGUGUCGUACUUAUUUACAUAUGAGUAAUUUCUAAGAGACUUGUUGCCAAUAUGUAACAAUGGAACAUCUAUUCUUGUCAAUUGUUAUAAAUGUACAAUUGUAACUUGCAGCGAUCGGCUGUAUGUCGAGCGACACUAAGUAGAUGAUAUUCAGAACUUCCGAAGGUCGCUAGUCUUUCGGCAAUCAGUUGUUCGUAUGUCUAAUCAAUGAUUGCGUUGUGAUUUAUAAUGUACUUAGUUACGAGAUUACUACAGGCUGCAUAAUUUAAUCUCAGUGAUAAUUCAAUCUCAGUUUGCGAGAAUUUUAUUUCCUUAAGCGUUUGCUAAACGUACGUUUUUAUUUGUUGACCAGAACUCCAUGCGGAUGUGAUAACGCUAAGCUUAGGCCUAGUAUCUCAGUCUUUUAUUUAUUUAUACACGUUUGGCAAAACAAUCACUGAAAGUCACAAAUAAAGUCACAACGUUAUGCGUUUAAAUAAUCUCCAGUCAAUAGUAUACUGAAGAUGUUGCAUUUUAAAAUAAUUUAUUUUAGCAUAUACUUCGAAUCCGAGCGGAUUCUAAAUAUGACUAUGAUGAAUAGGUGCAAUAAUUCAUGACUCGUUGAUCGUGAUAAUAUAUACAUGUAAUUACACUUGUUUCUUGUCAUCUAAAAAGAUGUUUUAGACUAUUUGGGUUGUAUAUAUAUGAAUUAAUUACGUUUAAUUAUAUCCUUCUAACGCAUACAUUGUGUUAUAUAUACGAAGUCAUGACAAAAUUGGUGAUACCGUGUUAUAUUGGUGCAUAAAAAUGUAUUUUAAUCGAUAAUUUAGGAAGUACCAUUCGAAAUUCGAACACUUCUGCGGCAUGUGAGACAUUGAUGUAAAUCGAAGGAAAAAGAGAAGGAGAAAGAGAUAUAUCACUAUUUCCAAACGUUA